UGUGUUUUUACGCUUAUAAGCCAACUUUGUUUAAAUUUUACUAACAAUUUUUGGUGCACUCUUGCUUUUUACUUACUAAGCGUCAGGGAGACUGCCGCAUUUUGGCAACGCAAAAAGCAUUGAGGUAAACGGAAACGAAAGUGAAAAUAAACGGAAGAAUUCGUGGCUACUGCAUUUACAAGUCCGAGCUGCCCGUGAGCUGCCCGUCGCUGUAUUCGUCAAGUCCGCCUUCAACAUAACGUCAUUUAAUGUGCUUGGAUUGUUCCCUGUGUCACGCGUGAAGAAGAAAUGACAUCACGUGGCACAGCAAGCGUUCUUUCUUGUCGAACUGGGAGCAACACGGAAGCACUGGAACGAGAGCUGCCGAAACAGCUCCUGAUGCGACGUCGAGAAGCAGCGCCGCGCGCAAUUGGCCGCCGCUUCCGUCAGUUCAGAUGCUGAUAAGAUGGGCAGGACUACGGCGUCCUAUCGGUUUCUUAUUUUGUAAAGUGAUGAUCGGACCCUCACAAGCAAGCGGCAUCACUCGCACUGCGGCAGCCGUAUCCUUGGCUGCGCUGCUGCUAUGCUUGUUCGAUGUCGUUUCCGCAUCACCGGGGGAUCAGAGUGCCGAGUACAAGUCGUGUCUACGACGAUGCCGCAGCAUCAACUGCACGCAGGAGAAGCAAACCACCUUUCGCUCGGGUCAAGCGUGGUAUCUGGCUCUUCUGCUCUGGGACUGCGCCGAUGAGUGCCGUCACGAGUGCAUGUGGCAUGCUGUGGACGUGCUCCAGGCUAAGGACAAGCCCGUGCCCCAGUUUCACGGAAAAUGGCCAUUUCGGAGGUUCUACGGCAUCCAGGAGCCAGCGUCAGUUAUCUUUUCAAUCCUGAAUGGCAUCUGCCACUUAUGGAUGUGGCGCAAGUUCAGGAGGCUUGUGCCAUCUUCAGCUCCCUUUUAUGUCAUCUGGAAAGGGCAGGCAGUGUUAUCGAUUAAUGCCUGGUUCUGGUCUGCUGUCUUUCAUGCUAGGGACACUCCACUUACUGAGAAGCUUGAUUACUACUGUGCCUUUUCCGUGGUGCUCUACUCGCUCUACAGUUUAUGUAUGAGAGUGCUUGGAACCAAAAACACGUGGCUGUCCAUCUCAGUGACCAUGCCUUUUGCGGCCUUCUUUGUCUACCAUAUCCAGUACUUAAACUUUGUGCAUUUUGACUAUGGGUACAACAUGAAAGCCAAUGUGAUUACAGGUCUGCUCAACUCAAUUGGUUGGCUGGGCUGGUGCUGGCACCAUAGGAAGCGUGGCUACGUGUGGAGGGGCACCAUCGUUGUGUUCAUGCUGGACGCUCUGCUCUUGCUUGAGCUGGGCGAUUUUCCUCCAUGGUGUUUCCUGGUCGAUGCCCAUGCCCUUUGGCAUCUGGGUACUGCCCCACUGCCUCUCCUUUGGUACAGGUUUUUGAUUGAUGACAGUCUCUAUGAACUGCACAAGAAGCAAAAUGCUGGAAAAGCUGCAAAUGGGCAGCGUCACUGGUUCUUCCUGGGCAAUGAGAGCAUGAAGAAGACAACAAAAGACGUUAAAGUUUGCAGUGAAAAGUUUGCUGCAGGCCAUUGCACAUCUUGCCAAAGCCAUGAAGAGUUUCUCGUCAAGGCCAAGGCUACGCAGAAUGGCAACAGCAUUGGAGAAGAUUGCCAGAAGUGUGUUUGACCAGCUCGGCUAAUGGCGUGGCACCCAUUCAACAACACUGCCUUGUUCAAGUCCUUUUUCUUUGUUGCUAUGGUGCGAGUGCAAAAGGUGGUACCAGAAAAGAAGCAAGUUAAUUGUUGCAUGUUGUACUAGGGCUGUCACCGAAACUUUGUAGUAAUGUACCAGUUUAUUUUUUUUGGUCUACGUCAGAAAAGAGAGCAAGGAGAAGUUAGUAUUGGCCAUAUAGGUUACAGCCAAGUGCUGUUCUUCUUCUAAUGUGUGGAUGUGUACCAGACAAAUUAUGUUAAUUACCUUGGUACUGCAGUGGUCAAGAAUCAUGAAAGCAGCCUCAUGUUAACUGGGUGUGGGCUUUGCUUACUUGAAAUAUUUUUGCUUUGUGCCUCAUGAAGAAUACACAAUGCUUCAUGCUUGUUGACUCCUGCUAGCUCUUGAUUUAGAAAUGGAGCACUGGCUCUACGUGCUGCUUCAAAACUUAUUAUGCUGAUAACUUAAUUAGAGAAGACACACUUCAUUUGUGCUCGCAACGUAGUAGCUAUGCUGCAUUAAAAUAUACACUUGCACCUUCACAGUAUUUAUACAGCACUCAUAAAUUGAAACGCAAACUGUAAUGAAGGCUUUUUACACAUAAUUGCAUGAAAGUGUGAUGUGUAGUAGCUGUGCAGUCGGUUUCUAAGGGUCGAGUAGUCUCAAGUAUACGUUUUGGAGUCGUAUAUUAAGCCACUGUUAAAAUACAGAUGAAACUAGAAACAAAAUAAUGCAUUGGAGCAGUUUCACAAUUGUUUUCAUUUGAAGUUAUGAGCACUGUAAAUGCCCCGAGAUAUCACAGCAUAUUUUAUGGCAUUACUUGUGGCACUUAACUUUCAAAUUGCACGCAAGUAGUAAGGCUCCAGAUAAUUUUUCUAAGGAUUAAUUACAGAAAGCAGUUCUAGAUACUUUAAAGGACCUUUUUUCAGCAAUAGUGGCAUUGAUUAUUUAAAACUAUUGCUUUUUGAAAGUUAUAAAAAGAAGGAUUCAUAGCUAUUUUGCACUUCAAGUAAUUUGCCCAUGAUCUUUUACUUCUCGCUUCGACAUUCCUGGUUUGGAUACAGUUGUUUUUCAGUUUUAAGUUGUGAAUUGCUGCUGCUGUCUAAGCAAAAAACUAUGUAACCUUUAUUGCUUUCCCCCAUUACCACAUCCUGAGGCAAUGCAUUGACCACUUAGCAGCUAGUCAUUGCAGAAAAGCAGAACCUUUCUUGCACUGUUAACAGAGUGGUAACAAUAGACAGGCAAUACCUGCUUUGCUGAACGUUGUAGAUUUCACUUGUGAAACCAAGACAAUCGAUUAAAUUUCUCACCUGAAGAAUGAAGCUUACUAAAAACAAGUUGCAAAUGCUCCCGCAAAACCAUAGUAAUACACUGUACUGUUAAGCAGUAACCAAGAACCAAUAUGUAGUAGUGCCAACACUUUUUUAUACCCAUUUAUGCAAGAAGCACCCUGAGCUUAGCUGUUAUACUGAGUAAUUUAUUUGAGUAUAUGUAAUUAAGAAGUGACCACAGUUAAAAAAAGGAAACAUAUUGUGCAUUCAGUCAUAGAAGUUUGUAAUUUAGUAGUAAUAUAGAGUGCUUUUUAAUAUUUAAGCAAUAGCAGAUUCAGUCUGCAUACUUCAGAUGCUCCAGUAAUUAACUGCAUCCAUAUGUUCCGCAAUAACCAAACUGGUUUAUGUCUUCGCGCAGGUUAGCCAGACAUAUUACUGCCUAACAGCCACACACAAUUUGCAACCUGUGAAUUGUCCGAGUCGUGCAAUGGAAGUUUGUUUUGCUUUGAUGUGCUGUACAUCCAAAAAUUGUGUCAUAUUGAGAGUAGUAAAUCUUAACUUUUAACCAACUACCUCAAAAUUUUACUUACUUUCUUGUGGAACCUGCCUCAAUAUGUGCACAUUAAAUAUUGGCUUGUAAUUAAAUGUUGGUGCAACUGACAAUGGAUGUCUGAAUCGGGAAAUUACAGUGCCGCAGUUGUUGGCUGCAAACCAUUAUAUUUUACAGUAAGGUUUUAUGCCUGAAAGCAAAUAUCCUGUGCUUCAGUCAUGGCUUAACAUGCUUCAAAACCAUUCAGCAUAGCAUUUCCAUGUUAUCGUGCAGAUGAUUUGCUACUUGAAAAUUUAAAGUCAAUGUUGAAGAAUGUGCCACUUCUAAUGAGCACUUUUUAAUGCAUCAUCUUUCUUAGCAGCUACCAAUGUGAAGUAUCUGUGCACAAGUGUGCUCAAGUCAGUGGACUGUGGGCUUGUCAUUUUACAAGUUUUAAGCUUUGUAAUCGCAGCUUAGGUCAUUCUUGUUGCUUCCAUUCACUUCGCUUGCCUUCCAGAAACAUUGAGAACCAUGAAGAGAUUUUUAAAAAAGGCUUUGAUGCAGUAAUUUAUUGGACAAGAUAUAAUUUAGAUGUAGCCUGUCUUGUACUAGUCAAAUGCAAUAAUAACUUAUUGUACUGGCCUUAACUACAAUUAUCUGUAUGGCUGCCACUUAUCUGUGGCAGGACUAGGCAAGCUACUCAGAAACUGUAUCCUUGAUACCAGCACUAAACUACCCUAAAGACUGUAUUUUAGUACCAAUGCAGGAUACAGAUGCGAAAUUCUGUUCUGAUACUAUUGCCAGUAAUUCAGUUAUCUUAUGCACUUCGAUACAUUGACACAAUCACUGAGCAGGGGUAAUUAAAAGCAGGUUUAUUUUUUUAGGUCCUUUUGAUGAAGCUAUUACUGGGUUUAGUUAUUUCUGCUGUACUUUCAGCUAUUGUGUUGGUAGCAACACGAAACAAUGUUACAUUGGUUCACUAAACCUUAAGCUCACUUUCAUUGCAGAAUAUUUUCUGCUUCCAACUCCGCUCGUGUACAACAGGUGUUAGAGGUUUCAGCUGAGCAUUCAACCCUGCUACAGACCUGGAGUUGCUUACAGCACCACAAGGUGUUAAAAGAUGAGACUACAGCAACAAGGAUAUAGCAUAUUCAAGUUUGUCAGUGCCAAGCAGCGUUUUUUUUUCAUUACUGUUGCAAUUCUUCUAGGACUGACAUCAAAAGCGGAUUUUUCUUUUACUUCUAAAUGUGGGUGCAUUGUCACAUUAGGCUGCACAAUAGCCAAGUUGAAGGCACUUGACGUGCCAUUUGUGUACUUGUCAACAAAUCAUCAUAUUCACAACUGCGCUUUUGACACCGAGUUUUUACCCUGAUCUCGUUUGGUUAGGCACUGUGUCAAAGAUGCAAAGCGUCUUCCGAACAUAUCAGCAGACCUGCGGCAGUGGUGGCAGCCAUUUUGUAUUUUUGUUUGUCUCGCUUGGCACACUUGCGUGCUCCAUUCAGCGAGCUCUCUAGCGAAACGGAGGCACCCGACUGCUCGCAGCUGAGCAUUCAGUGCAUGCACACUUGAGCCUCUGCUCGCUGGCUGAGAGAAGUGGGGCACAGGAAAUGUUCUGCUGAAAAUGUCUAUUAGAAGUCAAAUGUUUUUUAAGAACAAGAGCACUGAAACAUUUCUACACUGAGCCAGAGCUUCAAACUAGCACCUUGAAAGGAAAGGAGAGUUUAGACACUGGACAAAAGUGCAUUAGUGGAACGACAUUACUUCUAUUAUUAACACUUGUGUUCUCGUGCCGGUCCUUGAGGUGCAUCAUUGUCACCUUUGCUAAGUAGUGGACCUUAACUUUUAAAAUAAAAGAUUUUUCUGAGGCCAGCCUGUUCACUGCAGCUUUGUCUGGUAGAAUGUCAACAUUGAAACUAUAAACAAACGAAGUAAAAUGAUGACACACUGUAAAUUCAUCUGUGCUAGGUACUAUACCACUUUUUCCAUAUAUUUAAUGCAGCGUGGAUUGUAUGAAGUAAGUCAACAUUUGAAAGACAUGAAAUUUUCUUAAUGUGACAGUCAAAAAGUCCAGUGCAACAUCAUUGUGAGAUCAACAAUGCAGGGAACAGCUUCUGUUGCAGUUUAGGAACAUGUUAAGCAUGAGAGGUAUCACUUGUUACCAGAGUGAAAGAAAAAGUGCUAUGCUGAUAAGCAGGCUUCCUGCAUGGAUGAUUUGGCAAUAGAAAACUUGAUGUGAGUGAAGCAGGACAUGGUGAUACAAAUACAAGUAAAGAGGCAUCAUGACACAGACAUGCUUGCAAGAUGAGCACAAUGUCCUGUCUCUAUACCAUGCAUCAUUCACAUGGCAGUCCCUGUUACUGAUGUUACAUGGCUGAUGACAAUAUAUGUGUGGUUUUUUUGGCACAAGGGCCAGGAAUGGACAAAGAACGGCAUUUGAUACGCUGAACAUUAAAUCGCUCAGAUUGUUUACAAUUGUUUGUUGUUGAGCAAAAAUAUGGGUGCUCUCGAUUGUUCUCGUGGUAACCCAUUUUUUCCAAGACAGGAUAUUUGUGAAUACGUGAGAACUGGUUUGAAAAAGCGCAUUUGAAAUAUUGCAGGUGCACAUUAGUGGAAAAAUCAAGUAUUUUUGGCUUAGUAGUUGGUACUCAAAAACUUAUUCUCAAUACUUCAGAUAAUUUGGUCCACAUUGACACUUACAACCAAUAUAUUUUACAAUAUAUCUUACUCAGGUAACAUAUACUCCUGGACAUCUGUAGUACUGUUCAGCCUUGACAUGGGGUGACAACAUAUUGUUUUAACCUUGCAGAUUGUAUAGUAGGCAGCCAAAAAGUUUGGUCUGUCUGAUACAAAUAAAAGUUAGCAGGUUGUAUAAAAUUUAGACUGGUCACAUAUUGUAACUUAAUGAAUGAUAAUUCAACAAGCUUUUAAGAGAAGUCAGCAAGGAUUUAGAUUAUAUUUAUCAUGCAUCCAUAUUAUGCAAGGAUUCUUUAGAGCUGCAUUUAAUCUUUUUGUCCAAUUGCUAUUGGCUCAAUGUAUGUCAUUCACCCACUGAAGCCUUUGUUAGAGUGGUUAUCUAACUCCCAUGCAGUUAUAGCCUAGCUAUCUAUCACUUCAAACUCUCCUUCUAUAUUGUUUUUGUUUUACUAUUCUAAGUGGCCAGAAUAUCUUGUUGUUAUUCUUGAUCUUUGAAGAGUGUCAUUCUGAACACCAUAAAACAGCAGAGAGGCAAAUAAGCUUUACCUUUAUGGGUGCAUACUUUAUUUGAUAGAUGUAAGAAGAGAGUAUACCUACACCACAUUGCUCUAGACAAGCUGCGCUGAGCUAAUCAAAAGUAUGCAAGUUAAUGAAUGUUACCAAUGAAACAAAAUUGUGAGGAGCCCAAGGGGAACAAUAUUGACUGGUAGGGGGUGAGUGAAUGGUUUCGUUUCUAAGUGAAAUGAUAAUGAAUAUUAAAGAACACAGGCCUUCAUAUAUCAGGUUAUACCAAAUAUUUUUGCACAUCUAAAACAAACUAGGAGCAGGGUAGUGAAUAAGAAAGAACAAGGGAAGUGCAGAUUUUUUUUUCUUAGUAUACGUAACGCCAUUUGCAAGUGCAAGUCUCUCAACCAAGCUUGCAAAUAAGCAAGAGUAAAAUGUUGCUAGACUUUGCCUGAUCAUUAUGCUGACAGUAAUUGAACAAAGGAACAUCAAGCUCGUUACCUGGUAUUGUAACUUUGCAACUUCAAGCUUUUUUUUUCAUUUGGAAAAGAAGCUUGACAUUUUUACAGUGCCAUGCAUUACAUUAGUAAUGCAGACAUGCCGAGUUGCACAAAGAGAACAAACUUCAUAUAAAUGACAGAUGACAACAGGAUGGAAAAUCAUGCCAGUUGGUAUAGCUUCAUGGUUGCAACAGCGUGACUAGACAUGGACUGAGUAAAAGGAGGGGACAAGAGAAGUGCCAUGUGUCCUGCUUUUACUCAGUCCACGUCUGGUCACGCUAUUACAACCACGACAGAUGACAGGUUCGAAAGCAGCUGAAGGACAAAGCACUUUAGUUUUUCAUGUACAUUGCAAAAGAAUAAAAAAAUUAUUUGGAGGCUAACACAGCUAUACCUUUUGAGCUUUGCUGCAGGAGAUAAUAAUCAUUUGUUAAAAAUGGAGGUGGAGGUGUUUUUGGCUAAGUUGGCUAAGCAUAGAUUAUCGCCUCCAGUAAAUAGUUUUGAAAUGCGUUGCCCUUUGUCCAAGUGUGGCAGGUUCAAAGAAUCAUAGUCAGCCCUGUGUACUCGGCUGUGACCAGUUAUUUAUUCAAAGAAGCUGAAUGUUGAAUUCUACAACUGAAAUAUGCGAUUUGUAUUUGAAAUAUUGUGUAACAUUUUUGCAUCCCUGCCAGUGGGUUUUAUUCUUUUUUGUUUGUACUUGCUUGUGAGAAAGCGAAUGCAAUUCUAUGCAUAUUUUAAAAUCUUUAUUUAGUAGGGUAAGCUUGUGAGGAUGAAAAGCAAGUGCCCAGAUGUCACCAAAGAAGAGAACAGCGUUCUGAGUUCAGAUUAAUGAACGCAGAAAUUCAUAACAUCAGUCUGUGUAGUGUCUCUUUAAAUGUGGGUCAUUAUCGUUUCUCUUAUAAUGUGGCUGCAGUCCCCAGAAAGAUAACUCUUCAGCUUUUCUAGGUCACUACAACAAUGUACGAAUUAUGUAUCCAUAUGAUGUGCAAACUGAACAAAUGUUUUCAACCUACCUGCAUAAUAUUUGCUCUUCUCCAAGUGUGUAAUGGUUGUGCUAGAUCACAAGAGUCCGCCAUCAUAAGAAAAGCUGGUCAGGACAAGUUUAGAGGCCAGGGAGCUUGUUUACGAGUUAGUCUUUCAAAUUAAAAAAAAAAUGUGGUUGCUUGGAGACACGACUUUGCAAACUGAAAGUGGUUUGCUAUCCUUGGUGUGGUUGCACCUUGGCUUUACAGUAAGUUCCAGAUUUGUGAAGUGAAGAGAGCUGACAGUGGAACAAAAAAUGGAAUUAGUGAUCUUUCAAUUGUUCUUUGCUGCACAUGCUUAUUCUUGAUGCUAGCAAAGAAAAAGGCAAAUGUGACAAUUCCGGAGGUACAGAUAUGCCACUAUAAUGAAGGUUUUCAGGCUGUUCAUCCUUCCAUUCCAUCAAAUUGUAGUUGGCCUUGAUUUUGAGCCAACAAACACCACCAGGCAUUCUGUAAUAUCCUGCAUGUAAUGAGGUUUCUUUCCUCCCAGAUUUUAGAUUUACUUCUUGUACUUGGAUACCGAUGUUUAUUUUUGAUAUAUGUCUUCUUUUUAUUUUAUGCAAGCAAAAACUGUUUUCUUUUUGGCUGCGUUAUAUGCGGAUAUUUUUUUUCUUAUUUUGGUCCCAAAAUUGCCCCUUGCAUUAUGUUUGUGUACGUGUUGAAUAAUAGGCACAGUUCCACGAUUGUGUGGCCCAGCGAUUGCACUUGCUUCUUGAAAAUACAAUUUUCAUUAAAUGUUUCACAGCUCAGCAAAUUUCCUGUAUUGUGAUGUAAGCAAUUUAAAGCCCAAGCUCCUCACUGGUUGCACAUGUUGAAAGACAAAGGGUCAAGUGAGAGUGGUGCCACUCUUUGCUUCCCUGUGGCCUCUAAGCUUGACCUGGCAUUUUAUCCUUCAUCCUUCUGGUGGGGCAUCAACGUCCUCAAGACUUGCAGAAAAAUACCAUGUGCCUUGACUGCCUCCAGAGAUCAAUGAUCAUUGUUGGCAUUGAUUUGCUAUUCUUCUACUCAACAUUCCGAAAUGCUUGUUGUUCAUCGUUAUCAGCAUACGUGCACAGCCAUAAAAGUGCGUAUGUGGAUUUUUUUUUAUGGUUAGAAAAAAUGUUACCUUUUAUACUCUUUCGUGGCAUAUCCUGUUCCAUUGUAAUGUGAUUCAAAAUGAUGUAGUACACUACUGUAGUGCUUGUGUAUAAGAAGGAUCAUAUCCUUGUUAUGUAGGCAGGACAUGUUCUGGAAGCAUUUCUUUUGUGAUUGUAAAGAUAUUAUGUUAAGCUGUUAGUUGUGACUGUGCAGUUUGUCUAGUCAUCCACUUUCACAAGUCAUUGUUCAUUCCAUCUAAAACUUCAAUGGACAGCUGUUCAAGUAAAUUGUGUCUGUGUAUAUACAUGUGCAUAAUAUUUAGGCAUGUGGGCAAUGACAGCUUGUUUUGUAUUUUCAUGUUUCAAGGUAGCAGUCUGUUAGCGCUUUUUGGUAAGGGUAUUUAGUACAUUUUUGGCCUCUGCUUACCUCGUAUUUUGGACAUUAAAAGCAUUUACACAGA